UGUGCUAUUCCUUUCAUAUCUCUCUUUUAUGCAAUUUACAGAUACUUGGAACCUCUUGCAAUUGCUUUGGACAAAGAAAAAUGGUCACUUGUUCAACCACUCUUGUCAUCUUCAUACAGUGGAUAUGGCACUUCCAGCUUGAAACAAGAUGCGGUGGAACUUGAUCAGCUGAUCAGUCACUUUAUAAACAAAGAAGAUUCUGAGGGUGUGGUACUGCUUGGCGAUAGUACUGGCUGUCAGGAUAUUGUACAUUACAUACGCACCAAUGCUGCAUGCUCCCGAGCGGUCCGUGCUGCCAUUCUUCAGGCCCCAGUCAGUGAUCGGGAAUACAGAGCAACUCUUCCCGAAACAGCUGCUGUGAUUGACUUGGCUUCAACCAUGAUUAGUGAAGGACGUGGGUCGGAAUUAAUGCCAAGUGCAGCAGAUCCAGGAGCCCCGAUAACUGCCUAUCGGUAUCACUCCCUUUGUGCAUACAACGGGGAUGACGACAUGUUUAGUUCUGACCUUACUGAUGACCAGCUGAGGUUGAGACUUGGGCACAUGGCUAACACACCUUGCCAGGUUAUAUUUUCCAUGGCUGAUGAAUAUGUGCCAGACUAUGUUGACAAGAAAGCACUGGUCCAAAGAUUGUGCAAAGCAAUGGGCGGUGCUGAGAAAGUUGAAAUUGAACACGGGAAUCACUCCCUGUCCAACAGAGUUGAUGAAGCUGUUCAUGCCAUCAUUGAUUUUGUUAAAAGAGACGGACCGAAAGGCUGGGAUGAUCCGUGGCAUUAGCUAUAGCGCGUCGCUCUGUUUUCCUAUUUUCAUUUCUAAGUUCUUUCGUUUAUUCUAUUCUUAUUGAUUUCUCAUCUCUUACCUUCUCAGCUUUUUCCAGUUUCUUCAUCUCCUUCUAUAUUAAACACCAAGUGAAUUUUGAUCAUGUUUCGUUCACACUGUUGAAAUUGUGUCCAUAGAGAGAACAUUACCGUUUUUGUGAACUUAUCAAGAAACAAAAAAAUAAUAGAAAGUCAUAUUUUUUGCA